UGUCAAAGUGACAAAAGCGUGCGUGUGCUGGGAAGGAUUAGCUCCAUUAUUUCAGUGCUAUUCAGGUGCAAGACACAAAGUAUUUUAAUCUUAAAUAUAGCUGUAUCCUGCCUUUCUUGUAACUAAGCCUAUGUAGGAGGACAGGCAAGAAAGAAGGGGGCCAUGGACACCAAUACAACAGAGGACAUAGAGUCCCUGAUGGAGGACAUGGACUACAUUCCGGGUCAUUUCCACCUGGAUCUGAACCUCAACUGUGAUUCUGCUGGACCUUUGAAACUGAGAGAGCGAGACACUUACCUGAAACAAGAGAGCCUCAGGGGGGAGCUGGAGGCUGAGGCUGGAUAUCUACAGUAUGCUGUACGCAAUCUUCUGGGUCUGCUGGCUUUUCACCUCGAUCACCUUCAAACUGCAGAGGAAAUAUUCCGAGGCAUUUGUAAAGAGGAUCCAGGGAACCUCAACGCUUGGGCUAACCUCGGCUAUGUGUAUGACAAGUUGGGAAGAGAGCUGGAUGCUGCCGAAUGUGUGGAGAAAGUGUCCCAACUGAUGGGCGUAGGUGCUGGAGAGACCACCAAGGACGACAGCAGGCAAAUGGCAGCCCGCUGCCUGGCAGAGCAGGCCUAUGUUUACCCCUAUGAUGUGGAGCUGGAGAGAGAGGAUGACUUGAGGGAAAGACUGACCGCUGCCCUAAUGCUCUAUAACAGGGCCCUGGACUAUGGAGGUCAUCUGAUACCAGUGGAAGAAAAAAGAAGCUGGUACUUUAAAAUGGCAACCAUUUAUAUCAGACUGGAUGACAUAGUAAAGACCAAAGAGGAUGCUGAAUACUCCAGACGCUCUCAUUAUAAUAAGGGGCUAAGGCUUCUCAGGGAAACACUUGAAUCUGAUAAAACGCAACAAAAAGCUCUUUCCUGGUGUUACGUUGGCAUCAUGUUGGAGAGGCAGGAUGAAUUCACCACGGUGCCCAUGUCGAUCCAUGACUGUGGAUACUCAGCCACUGAUCCCCUAACCUGCUAUGGCAAUGCCAUAAAGUUGGCUAAUAAUGACGCAUUUAUCCUGAACCUCCUGGCCAAGCUGUUCUUUCUGCUGGGUAAACACGAGAUGGCCACAGGGAUCUGCAACAUGGCUCUCAAUGUGCUGCCGGAUCCGGAGAUCAAUUGGCAGGCAUAUUGUACCCUUGCCAAGAUCAACACAAUGCUUUACAUCAGGGACCUAGAAAAGGCCAAAUGUGGGGAAGGCGGUGUACCAGACCGACAAAUGUUAACCGAGGCCCAGAAAAACUUGGAGAAAGUCUUGGCUGUGUGUCCUUGUUUGAGGACUCACCUAGAGAUUGCACAGGUGUACUACUACAUGGGUGUAGAUGCACUGCAGGAGAGCCUUUUGGUGGAUGAGGGCGCAAUAAAUAACGCUUUGGUGAGUCUGUCCAAGGCCCGACUGUAUGAACUGGGAGACACCUUGCCUGAGCUCCACUUGCUCAAAGGCCGCUGCCUCUUACUCAAGGGCGAGGAACAAAAUGCCGCAGACUGCUUCAAAUGUGCUCUGGACUUAGAAAGGCCAACAAGUACUGAUACCACGGCCUUGCGUUGCCUGCUUCAGGCCUUACUGGCCGUGUUCAUGCAGGAGGGGCCUGAUGCCAACCAUAUCAUCACCCAGAUGGAGCAGUGUUUGAAGAAGGCUGAGGAGAAGUACCCCGAAGAUGUGGUGAAGGCUGAGCUGAGAUGCCUUUACAGGACAAACACUGCAGAUGUCACAGAGCUGUCUAAAGCUCUCAUCAGAACGGGACGACUGGAGUUGGUCAGAAGGCUACUGCAGACAGUAGCGCCUACACAAAAUGCCAAGAAAAGAACACUUAAAAAAUCAUUCUCUUUUGCAUGAUACAAACAACAUUACACAACAACCAAUGACAUAAGAACGAAAGAAAGAAGUAACUGCAUGACUGCAUUUCAGAUGACUGUAAUGAAGUUCUAUUCUACUUAAUAUUUAUGUUGUGAAAUCACAAUGGCUAAUAGUAUUUUAUUCCAGCCAUACACUGCUGCACCUGCACCUCUAUUUUAUUUAUUGUGUUCAACAAGCUGUUUAUGCUGUUAAUCUACUAUAUUUGAUGGCUUUUUUCAUAGUAGAUUGUUGAUUCUCAUAGGUAUAACGCAACUGGCCUGGUAAAAAAAAAUCUCACUCAAGCACUCUCCACAAUUGCCUGGAUGACCAUAAAUAAGCCGCGAUAGGUACCAGUGUCAGAGCAUUCCAUGUUGUUGACAGCACAGAACACAUUCAGUAAUAACAAUAUUUCUAUCUUAUGACGCAUACGGUUGCACACAACACCACACAAAGGGGAUUCAAUUCACACUUUGUCACCCCCCCAAAUCUUUAUUGUUACUACAGUUUUUCAUGGCAAAAAAGGUUGCUUAGCCAGGCUGCCACAGAAGGCUGGCAUAUUCAAUUUUCUGUUCAUAUAUAUGCCAUGACCUGGAUCAAUUGUAUGAAAAAUAUAUACAGCAUUUAGACCUUUGGAAAAAUCUGAAUUCUCCAUAGCAAUUGUUGGGGUUCAGAGACAUUUUUUUUACCAAUGCAUUUAUUCGUUCAAUUCAUUACAAAAAGGCUGACAGUGCAAUUAGUGUAGGCCUCUAUAGAAUAAACUCUUCCUUUGCAUUUCACAGUUGAUUAGAAUUUCUGCACAAUGAAAUGUUCAAGUGUUCACUAUACAAGAAAACUACUCGUACUGUAUCGAGGAGACAGUCUUGUCUGUAAGGUGUGUCUAAAAUGAGAAAUAUGAAAACAGACUCCAAUCUAUGUAUCAUUCAUUCCAUCAAUGUUCAACUUCAGAUAAUAAACAAAAUUAGCCAGGAUCAUGAGCUGUUAGCAUUUUUUGUUUUAUGUAAUGAAAUAAGGUUAGGCAAAAUUACUUUAUUUUCAAUUUGCUGCUAAGAAGAUGAUUGAAAAACUUAAAUUUGAAGGUAUCAAAUGAAACCAUGGUUUAUCAUCAGUUUUAUUCAUUUUGCCAACUAGAAGUUGUCAGCGUAUAGUCAUGUUCAGGCUGCUCUUAGACUUCCAUGUGUUUUUACAGAGAAGUGAAACUU